AUGUCUAAAUUCUGGCCCAAGGGAGGCCUCCCCGGCAUCUUGCACCACUACACCGAAACCCUCGUCACAUUCGAAUAUGCCUCCAGCACUGUCCGCCAACCACACAGUCUCCUCUUCGUCGGAGGACUAGGCGACGGCCUCGCAACAACAUCAUACAUGGCCGAUCUCGCGCGCGCAUUACAGCAAUCCGAAUGGUCCCUCUUCACCUUGAACCUCACCUCCUCCUACCAAUCCUGGGGCCUUGGCCAUCUGGACCGCGACACGAGCGAGAUCGCGCAGUGUUUGGAGUAUAUUAAAGAAUAUAAGAAAGACAAAUUCGGCGGCGGCAAGAUCGCCGUCAUGGGCCAUUCCACCGGCAGCCAAUGCGUGCUGCACUAUCUUUCCCAAGCAAACCCCCAUACAAACGUCCCAGCCUUUGACCCGGAUGUCGAGCACAUUAAGCGGCCCGUGCUUGAUGGCGCGAUUAUGCAAGCUCCCGUUUCGGAUCGCGAGGCUAUCUUUUGGGUUUUGAAAUGGGGCAUCGGUGAUACGACGCCUGAGAAGGCUCGUGCUGUAUACGAUGAAAUGGAGUCACUGGCGCGCGAGGCUGUUGCUCGUGAUUCCAAGCAUGAUACUAUACUGCCUUUGGAGUUGACUUCCAUGAUUUAUCCUGCUAACACGCCUAUUAGUUGCAGGCGGUUCUUGAGUCUUGUUAGUCCCGAGAGUCCGCAAUCGCCUCAGGAAGAUGAUCUGUUCAGUUCUGAUCUGAGUGACGCGCACUUUGGGAAGACUUUUGGUAUGAUUCAUGAGCGCGGAUUGCUCAAUCAUAAGUUGAUGGUCUUGAUUUCUGGGAAGGACCAGUCUAUUCCUGAUUGGGUUGACAAGGAUAAGAUGCUGGCUAGGUGGCAGAAUGCUACGGAUCACAAUGGCAAAUAUCAGAUCUGGGAUGACCAGCAUACGGGUGUUAUCCCUAAUGCUUCUCAUGCUUUGAGCAAUGAUGAUCAGGCGGAGCCGCGCAAGUUCCUUGUUGAGAGAGUGCUAGGAUACUUGAAGACAGCGGCGGAGAAAGCAUAG